GCGCUAAAGUGCAUCAACACCAUGGCGAAAGCGACGUCAAGCGUGUGAAUAAAUUUUUGUUUUCUACGUGAUAAUGUUGUUAUCCGCUUGUUUGUAAGUUGAAAGACUCGAAAUAAACUAACUUACAGUGUCUACAUAUUGUCUAGUGUAAAUAUUGAACAUUAAAAGUUGGAAGUUUUGUGUGUGAAGUUGUAACGAACUCUCGGAUCACUUUGGAGUUCAGGUGUCAACGAGGAUGAUAUUCUCCUCAUAUACGGCACCAUUCAGCUAAGAUUUAAAGAUAAUAACAAAGCAGAUAGACAAGACACAAACAGCAAAAUGCAGCGGCAUUAAGCUGCUACAUAGGUGGUGUCUCGCCAUGCAGCGCGCGGGUGGGAGAAGGGCCUGUGCGCCAUGAGCCACACUCCUAUAGGCGGCCACCCGCAAGGUUGGGAGCACAAGCUUGCCGACAGGUCGUCGCUGCCGCCGGCUUCUGGGGAGGAAAAGAGCAAAUCUCAGUCCAAAUAUGUGUUCGCACAACCACAUCUGUCCAAAGUCAGUAUGGCGUGGCGCGAGCAGACGGAGGGUUCGUCUGGGAGCUCUGCGCGCUCGCCCGCCUCGCCGCCCUACAUGCGCUGGGCGCGCAGUCUGCACGAGUUGCUCGAGGACGCGGAAGGAGUGCGUCUAUUCCGCAAGUACGUGGGCGGCGCGGGCGGGCUGCACGUGGACCGGCUCAACUUCUACUUCGCGGUGCAGGGCCUGCGCCAGGAGUGCGACCCCAACAAGAUACGCCAGGUCGUCUCCGCUAUAUACAAAUUCCUCCGCAAGUCUCAGCUAGCGAUGCCAGAGGAGCUGAAGCAGCACGUCAAGCAGAGCCUCAAGGAUGGCGCCAACAUCGAGAAGACUAUAUUCGACAAUAUGGAACAAGAGGUGACGCGCGCGAUCACGGAGACGACGUACCAGUCGUUCCUGCGGUCGGACGCGUACGUGUCGUACGUCAGCGCCGCCACGCAGCCGCUGUCCUCGCCAGACGCCUCGCCGCCGCAUCCGCCUAGAGAGGGUGCAGUAGGAGGCCUAGCGACGCUCCACGAAGGCCAGGAGCUCGGCACGGGCGGCGCCCCCGCGCGACUCACGCACGACGCGCUGCUCGCCACGCAGUCGCGUCGCCUGCACUCCGACGUCGCUCCGCACCGCAAGCGGUCAGUGUACAGUGCGCACGUGUCGUACGCGGGCUACUGUCCCGCGUCGCGCCAGGACUCGGAGCGCGCGAGCCUCAGCAGCGGCCGCACCGACUCCGAUGCCGUCUCGCUGUCCGGCAGCAGUGUCGAUGGCAUGUCCGCGCGGAACGUCCGCGAGUCUCGCGAGUCGCGACAUCGACCGCGCCUGCACGGGCUCGACCGUCACGCUGUCAUCAAUAAGGAGCAGGAUACUGCUAUGAUGAUCCCGCGCACGGGUCGCGUGCAAGCGGAACAACUACGUGUGCUGCCGCCGGCGGAGUUCGCGCCGCUACUCAUAGAGAAGUUGGAGCGACUGCGCCGUGACCAGGAGACUAAGGAGCGGCUAGAAAGACGCCUUGCUGAGGGUGACGGCGAGGAGGCGUCGAGUCAGGCGCUGCCGCCGCAGCUGGUGGCGGCUGCCAUACGAGAGAAGUUGCAGCUUGAUGACGACAACGAUCAAGAUAUACUCGACCAGCACGUCUCUCGGGUGUGGUCAGAACGCACCCCUGGAGCUUCCCCACCAGGCGGGCGACGUGCACGUGCGCGUCACCACCCCGCGCACGCCGCGCACGCCGCGCACGCUGCACACGCCGCACACGGCGCGAGGCGAGCCCCGUCCGCGCUGUCGGCGGACUCGGGACAUUAUGACGCGCCGCCUGACUCGCUGCAUCACCCGCACUCGCUUACGCGCAGAUCAUUCUCUAAGAAGACCGUCACCGAGUUGACCGACAGUGGAGUCUCCGUAGUAUCAGAAGGCGGCGUGGAGCCGCGCAUCCUGCUGUGGAUGGCGGAGGGCGAGCGUCUCGAGCGCAGGCACGAGCGAGCCUCCUCCGCCGACCGCGACGACCUGCGCCGCAAGGAUAAGCAGACGAGGGCUACACGUGGCAGCGGCAGCAAGUCGUCGUCGGCGUCGGGCGGCGCGGAGCACACGGUGGUGGUGGUGUCGUUCCUGGACGAGCCGCUGCCCUACCGCCUGCGCGUGCCCGCCGCGCCGCUCACGCUGCGCACCUUCAAGGACUACCUGCCCAGGAAGGGCAACUAUAGAUAUUUCUUCAAAACCAACUGCGCGGAUUUAGACACGGUGAUCCAAGAGGAGGUGAGCAGCGACUCCGACACGCUGCCCAUGUUCGAGGGGAAGGUCAUGGCCCGCGUCAAGAGCAUCGACUAGACGCAGCCCACACUCACGCACACUGGGACAACUGACCUCAUCUUACUACGUACGGAGCAUAUAAACCUACUUCAAUCUACGUAUGGACACCACAUGAACCUAACACAGAAAUGUCAAAUUUCUUCAAUAGAUUUUCAACCUUAUCACAAUAAGUGGAAGGUUAAUGUUCGAUUGGUAAAAAUGUACAGAUUCCGGUAGGUUUAUCUACCGGCGUCUGUACAUAGUUACAUCUUUGAAAAAACUGUUCAGCUGUAGAUUAGCUAAAUGUCAUUUAAUGAAUAAUUGUUUUAUUAGGUUAACGUGAAUAGUCUGUCAAAAUAUCGAUAAUGUUGCUAAAAAUGGUAUGAGAUUCUAGUUUGCGAUUUGGUAAACGAGAUCAAGUAAGACUCGUAAUACUGUCGAAGUAUGAGUAGGAUCGAAUUUUCUGUCUUGAAAACAAUUUGUAGUACAUUUUACAUAACAUUUGUAUAACAUUUUAUUUCUACUUUUCUGUAGAACGAAGCUUUACCCAGUUAAAAUUGAUGUAACCUAGUCGAUUUCCCAUUCUUAUUUUGUUUGGCAUAUUAUCGAUUUUGUAUUCCGAUAAAAUCACUCUUACUUAAUCGAUUCGAUAGAAAAGUAUGCUUUUCACUUUGUUAACCAAUACAACUUCAAAAACUUAUGUUUAAAAACUACCUGGCGUUGUGAAAGGUGUUUACAAUAAGAAGUGUGUAUAAUAUCGAUACAAAUCAUAUCGAUUAUAUUUUAAAUUAAUAUCGAUUAUAAAAGAUGUCAGUCAGUGUUCCAGUGUGCAGCGAGAGUGACGCCAGUGAGUACGCGUCGCCCUGUCACACGUGUGCACUAUUGUUAAUGUUAGCCAUUGAAUUUCAUUUUAUUAUAAACAAUAUAAGUUAAGUUAUCCGAAUCAGAUAAUAAACUUGUAAUAACUGUACAGCGACGGCAGGGCGGCUAUAGAAUAUUAAAUAAAUUAUUUAUUUUAAUAAACGUUACGAUAAGUCUAAUCGUAAUAGGUAUAACUGCGCGACAUUGUAUAAAUUCUGUUCCUCAUUGACUCUUUAAGCUUUUUUUAAUUAAUUUUAAUUAUUUUUUUACUACGAGCUAGUUGAGUACGCUUACUAUUGUACGAUAUUUUUUUAAAUCGCAAAUUGACGGUAUGCAAACAUUUUUUUUAUAUUCCUAGUGUUACAUGAAUGACUGCUUAGUUUGUAUAUUUUUAAAUUAAAAUUUUAGAUGUAAAAUGACGUGUUCUGUUUAAAUAUAAAAUAUAGUUUCGUUAAAAUUGGAGAUUCGUUAUUUGUGAUGGGAGUAUGAAAUAUUACCGAAAUGGCGCCAAGUGUGCUGGUGAUUCGCUCAUUCGUUAUCAUUUAAUAUAAAGUACAAUUAAUUUAAAAACUACGUGUAAAAUCGAAAAUAGCGAUUUAUCGAAUCGAAAUGUUGUUCAUUACAUGUAUGAAACGCCAAUCCCCAGCAUAGUUUCUGCCAUUUUGCCGUUCAAUUCAAAAUUAUUGACAAAACUAUCGUACGCACGACGGGAUCUCAAUCAAAUAUCAAUGUAAUGAAUUAAACUGCACUUUUAAGUGGAGACAUGUUUUUAUAUAAAUAAUUUCCGUUCCGCAGCUGUGAAUAGAACUAAUUAGCGAAAUAGUUUGUAAGAAUAAAUUUAUGUUUAUUCUGUAACGUGACCGGUCUUAGCCGGCUCAGUGGUAAGCACAGUUGAUGUCUUUUAGUAUCUUUUGAACCUUUUUUACCUACUUAAUCUGAUUAGUAAUAGAGGUUGCUUUCAUACUACGUUCUUCAUAAAACCGAGAGUGAAAUCGAUCCCUAUUAUUGUCAAUGUAACUCAUAAGGCUGCUAUUAGUCUUCUUGUAUCCUUCCAAUUUCCUAUAACGUUAGUUCAACUGUGUCGGCGACUGGGCCAAAGUACUUGCUAUACUAUCAUUGCCAGACUGAGUUUCCCUAAGUCAACUUCAGUUAUAUUAACUAGUCUACGCCUGCGUUGCACGAAACUUUACCACCGAACUAAUAUUACGAAAUUGUCCCAUGUUUAUCUACUUUUAACAAUAAAUAUAAAUAAUGUUAGAACAAACAGUUGGCGGCGAGUGUCGUGCGACGCGGAUGGUUCGAUACCAGUACUUAUUUCGCAUAUUGUAUAAUAUUGUGUAAGUUAGCAUGUCACGUCCGGUCCAUUAUGUACCAACAGUCCAGCUUGUAUUGUUUGUCCAAACUUCUUGCAAAACUCACUGAUGUUAUGUGACAUACUAAUUAUACCCACAAUUAUCCCACAUUGGAAUAAUAUUUAAAUUAAUUUCACCAUUCAACCUUUUUUUACAAAGUUUCGACAGACGAUAUAACUUGCAGUGUUGCCAUGUAAAAUAGAAGUACAGAGGAAUGUUGCCAGCGGAGAGUGCACCUAAUGUUUGCACAUAUAUGACGAGAAUCGGGUGCGGAAUCAUGUGCCUUCAAUGUUGAUAAAAAUUUUCAUAGUUGAUGCUUCUAAUUAGUUGUAAGUUAACACAUUGUAAAUAUAGAAGUAACGCUACGAUCGUUUCGAACUCUUUAUUUUUUAUUAAUUUAAUUAAACAAAUCAUUUUUUUAUUUAUUGCCUAAGGUUGCGUUGUGACGCCUACCAUCAAACACAAAAUAUCACGAUUGUGUAACUCACGCUUUAGAUGAUCACGUCAUUCAGCUUAGAAUAUGCGUUGUUUAAAAAUAUUGAUAGGAAUCCAAAAUGCCAUUAAUUCGGCUUUUAGACGUCGCUCAAAUUUAUAAUUUUGUGUUGUUACAACACAACAUUGUUUUAUCACUGCCAGUGUCUUUUCCAUUUAUUUGUAAGUAAAACCUUGCCAAUUCGUCUAAAGCCCUAGGUUCGUGUAUAUUGCGGCUCGGUGUAACUUCACAUCUUUACUGUUUUUUGUAAAUAAAUCGUUAUAUUUUAUGUUUGAUGCGCAGUACAUUUUUGUAAUGCCCAGUAAUAUGAACAUAGACCGCGCGAUGCCCGGCCAUUUGACAAUAUGACUGUAUAAAUAGAUGAAUUACUAUAUCGUUUUUAAAUUAUAUUAUACGAGGCACUUUCGAUGUAAAAGUACCUUUGUACUACCAAAAAGGUCCAACAGAGGCAUAUCUGUGCGUGUCGUCUUCAAUAUGCAUCGAUUACUGUCGAUACAUACACAGGAAAGAUGAUCGAUUCGAAUUGUUAUAUAAUUCGAUACCUACAGAACUAAGCCAAGGGCUCAAAACUAUAUCGGUUAAAUAAAAUGCUUGUUAAAAUUGUAAAAAAUAUAAUGUUUUCCAAUUUAGAGUGUACGAAUGUGAAGAUAAACGAUUUGUAAUAAAAGCUAAGUAUUAAUUUCAUCAACGAUACGACACACGGCCGCCUGUUCGUCAGCGGUCGAUGGUUAAUAGUAAAAGAAUUUCACUAAUCUGACUGUAUUAUUUUUUUAUCUAGCACAUGUAACAUUUAAAAAUAAACUGGAACUGUGCCAUAUG